ACACACACACACACACACACACAUCAUGAAGGCACAUUACUCAAUAAGAAUUUCAUCGCUCACGAAUGGAUCAUUUGUAUCUGACACGUCGUUUUGUCAAAUAAAUAAUCUUGUAUGGAAAAGAAAUUCGAGAGAAAAUGCUUUAGUGUGUAAAGACCAACAUAAAUUAAAUAGAAAAAUACACAUUACCAAAAAAAAAAAGGGUUACAGUCCGAUAAAGCGGCGUAAUAAUUUUAUUUUCGCCACGUGACACGACACGGAAGUGACGCGGAUGCUCAAAAAGAGUUCAGCAAAAGCAUCUGGGAGCAAAACACCAGCUAGCUUAAAUACAUUUGACAUCAGAAGACCAAAGGAGGGGACCAACGGACGAUCGGAACCGUUAACGCAUCUGUGAGUAGACGUCCAUCAUGAAUCCAGUCUACAGCCCUUCAGCAACAGGGGUCCCCUUUACCAACACUAAGGGCAUGGGCUAUCCAGUCAUGGCAGCUGGAUUCCCUGUUGGCUAUGCAGCAGCUGCUCCAGCAUACACUCACAAUAUCUAUGCAGGAGCGAACGCGGCCUUCCCCAGCGGCUACGCUCCGGGCACUCCUUUCAAAAUGUCCUGCUCUCCCAACACUGGGACUGUCCCACCGUACUCCACCUCACCCAACCCCUACGCCGCUGCCAUGUACCCGGUCAGGAGCACCUACCCCCAACAGAACCCCUAUGCACAGGCACUAAUACCUUCACAACAGCAAGGCACUUACUACACACAGCCUCUGUAUGCUGCACCGCCUCACGUUAUCCAUCACACUACAGUGGUCCAGCCCAAUGGGAUGCCUGCAGCCAUGUAUCAGCAAAUGCCUCACCAACGCCACAACAGUGUCGCCAUGGGCAUGGUAGCCGGCACCACCAUGGCCAUGUCAGCUGGAACUUUGCUGACAACGCAAUCACCAGCGUCUGUCGCCCCCCACCAAGUCUCGAUGCCUACAUAUCGGCAUCCUGGCACACCCAGCUACAGCUAUGUGCCCCCACAAUGGUGAAGAGAGGGACGCGUCAGAAGAUGGUAGAUAUGCAUUCACACUCUACUCCAGUGUUUUUUGCUAUUGGUGAAGACCUGCCCCGCCAGUGUCCGCAACCAGUUACUCUUCUUCCAGCAUAAUGUGAAUCUAAAACCCAACUACAUAGAAAGAGGCCCAUUUGGAUAGGAGGGGUGAAGAAUAGGCCCAUCCCCAUGACCCCUCUCAAUGGAAUAAGGCUGCAUUCCAUGUCACACCCCAGCGCCAGCACCUCUACAACCUGCUGCAUAUCUCACAUCAAACAGCAAUGCUGCCAUGCACACUUUUUUUUGUGGAUUGUCAUGCAGGUUUUUAUAGCUUAAAUUAUUAAGUGGUGAAAAGGGAGUUUGGAAUAGUUUUUUGGGGAAUUUAUUUUUUUUUAGUUUCUUUUUAAUUUGCGGUAUACAUAUGAUGUUGAAUGCAUGUGUAUAUAUAUCUAUGAAGUAAUGCUACCGCAAUCUACUUGCUGUGACAGAUGCAAAAUCAACAAAAGGCACACGUCCAAAGGAACAAAAAAAUAAAGAAAAGUAAUAAUCUGCAAUGCUGAAUCACCAGUGACCAUGUCUUACAUGUGAAAGAAGAAAAGGCAAGAAACGUUUAUUCAUGCAAAAACAUACAUGCGCAGACCAAACUGUACUCUUUUCACUGCUUUGUGUUUUGGUAAUUAUUGGAGCUAGGUUUUUUUUAUUAUUUCUCUCAGUGAUGCAGUUUAUGCAUUUCGUCUUACCAUUUUUUUUGUAUUUUAGGAAAGAUGGGACUUUGAGUUUGUGCCUCUGACUGAUGGCCACUCCAACACUUAAUCAUUCUGAGUGUUUUAUUUUUCCUGCGCUGUCAAACCUUUUAGGAAAACAGUACCAACUAUUCCAAAAGUGUAAAGCAGCUUUGGGUUCCUGCUUUUUCUUUUUUUUUGAGUGAUAUCAAUGUUUUAACUAUUCACUUAUUUUAGCCGGAAGCAUUCUUGGUGGGGAACAAGUAGAGAAUGUUUCAGAAACCAUUUGCACCCAUUUAAGAGUGCAGAGAGUGGAUGAGUAGGACCUGUGUGUGUGUGUGUGUGUGUGUGUGUGUGAGCGUGAGCAUUGAAAUAUAGAAACCAUUCAAAAUGGUGCCAUAUAGUGCGACAUGCCUAGAAUAUUCAACCUACAUCUCACAAUAAUCAAUUUGCUCUUAGGUAGGUCUGAAGCACUACAUCACUAAAUCACGCUAAUUGUGGACAUGUUAGGAAAACAUGAUGUUGUUAAAUUCUAUUUGUGAAUAGCACUACUGAAAGAAGGCACUAAUUCAAAACCGUAAAGAUAUCUGACCUUUUACAUUGCUCGCUGUUUUACCUCAAGGUUCCAGGCUAACUCACCAAUAUCACUGUUUCAGACAUGCUUUUCUAUGUUGCCUCAGUCACCUCAGUUAAAUAAUCUGUUUUGUAAAUGUUAUUUUUGUGAUUUUGGUUCUUGUUUUGUAUUCUAAGGAAAGACCAAAAAUAAACAAAUAUAAGAAUAA